ACCAUUUGAAGGAUUUUGCGCGACAGACGGAGCCAUACCUUCUUAGCUAACUAGAAGUUAGUCUACUGUCUCUAGCUGACUAUCUAGAUAGUCGACUUUCACAAGCUACAAUAACAAUCUAGAUAGCUAGUUAAUUGAACUGUUAUUAGCUAACCGACUAGAUAUCAAAUGUCACUAGCUACUAUCUAGAUAGUUUGAACCAGACAGCGAACCUAGGAGCGGUUUCCAACGAGGAUGGAGGUGUUCCUGCACGGCUACCGUGACAGAAGUGAAGCGGAACUGGGGUGGUUGGGGGAGGUGUUCCAGCGCGUGUCAGAGCUGCUGCUUCCUGUAGCAACCACCCCUGGUGAGACUGCAGGCCGGCUGACUGCUGCCGUGGUGACGAGGGUGGAGCAGCUGGCGCCCUGCUCGCUCUCUCUGCCCCUCAGCUACAGGCUUGUCUCCAUAUCAGAGUUGGUAUCCAGGCAACGGACCGCAUGCUGCAGCAACCAGAGCUGGAGCACCAAUCAGCACAGAGAAUGGGUUAGGGCGGUGGUGCUGCCCAAUCACAGAGCCCUGCCGCGGGCCAACCUGCUGCUGAUUGGCUGUCUAACUGCUGGGCAUGGCUCCGGGAGGCCAUGUGAUGGGUCCUGGCGAGUGAAGGAUGCAAGCGGCAGCUUACACUGUGAGCUCCUGUGCCCUUCUCCUCUCUGGCUGGGCCCCCCCAUGAUCUUCCCCUGCUGGAACUAUAUCCCCCAUCAUGCUGCAGGACAACACCAGGGAGAGGCAGGCUACUUGGAGCUGAUUGGCUCUCCCUUGCCUCUGACCUCUCACCCCGAACCAGGAUUGGCCCUCGACUCUGGAGGGGCGGAGCUCUGCAAUGCUGUUGGAGUCCGAGAGGCCUCAGCCCUGCUCCAGCACAG